AUGCUCAUUGGACAUGAACAGGAAAUGAGCUCUAGGGACCGUCUCUUCCCUCUCCCCCGUCCCAAGUACGGCGACAAAGCCUUGCGCUGUGCCACCGUGUGGCAGAAGGCGGUAUCGCUCGUCUUGUGCUACCUGCUACUCUACACCUGCGGCUGCGAGGAGACAGGCGAAAGACGCUCAGAGGACAGUGACUCCGGGUUCUGGGGCACGCUGACCUACAUGGCCGUCGGAGGAGGGCUCAUGGCCAUGGCGCUGCCCGCGCUGGGCUUCACGAGCGCAGGCAUCGCCGCCAACUCGGUGGCUGCCUCGCUGAUGAGCUGGUCGGCCGUGGCGAACGGGGGCGGAGUGCCCGCCGGGGGGCUGGUGGCCACACUGCAGAGCCUGGGGGCUAGCGGUGGCAGUGCCCUCAUGGCCAAGAUUGGGGCCCUUCUGGGCUAUACUGUCCACAAGCAAAUCGAAAGCAGAGGGAAGGAGAGAGCGGAUGAGGAGUAGCUACCAGCUCCCUGGAUCCCCCUCCUUCCUCCUUGUCUUCCUUUUCCAGCUGCAGUCCAGAGGUUCCUCUUUCACACUUGGCAAUGACCUAGGUAAAAAAACA